AUGAAAGGCAGAAAUCUUGAAAUCCUGCUCGCCUGCGUCUUGUGCAUGACUACCGCCAGCGCCAUCAAGAAUCUUAGAGUUCUGUCACCAUUGAAAGCAUUGACUAUUUGGGAUCCCGAGGUCAAGGAUGAGCCAGCCACAGCAAGGAGCAGGUUCCUCCCUGUCUUUCGAGCUCGUCUGCAGGCAGAAUCCGAGGCCCGAAAGGAACUAAAGGCAAAGAAAGAUCAAGAACUUCAAGCUUCGGCAUCCUCCUCUGGUUGGGCUCAAUCUACAGCCAUGUCGGAUCGGCGUCGCAGAAGAGCUGAAGAGCGAUACGUUGAAGAAGCAUCCGAUCGAGCUGCUGCCAAAGCCGCAGCUUCCUUGGUCAGUGUCAAGAAAAAGGCCGCGAAAAACUCGAACAAUUAUCAGUUUGUGGGUGUUGUCAACCCCAAAACUUCAGGAAAACCAAUCAAAUGGUACGCGCGUCCAAAACCUUCUGGAUCGAAAUGGUCCGUAAGGUUAGUGCAUGUGGAUCAAGCAGCCAUUAUCACUGACUUGUUUCGAAAGGGAGAAGUUGACAUCUUUGCAAAAUACAAGAAUACCGGAAAGGUCAAUCCAGAGACAAAUUUGCCAGUGAUUGAUAGCGAAUACACUGUCCGAGAGCGUUCCGUUCGAAACUUGUGGAACUUUUCUCCCAAACACUUCUUUUCUGACUCCUCAGGAAUGUAUUGGAGAGAAAGAAGAGUCCGACCAGGACUCUACACAGAUGGAAACAAUGUUUACGAGGCCACAUACCGAUACCGCGAUGGCAAGAAUGGGAUGCAUCGGAUGUCCACUCUCAACAGGUUCAUGGCCAGCAAGAGCAUCAGCACCAAGCAAAAAAAAACUAUACAAAAGAGACUCAAGGAAGACUCACCGGAUCUUGUGCUGGAGGAGUAA